UCAAGUCACAAAUUCUCAUCCACCAUUUUUUUCAUCUUUGAAAUUUAACUCAAUGACUAGUUACAAACAACUUGAAGUUCAAUUUGAAGAAUCAAAUCCAAAAAAAUGGUGUGUUCCAUUAAAAGAAGAUGUUUUUGUGAAAUUCAUGAACAAAGGAAAUUUUAUAACACAUAAAGCUUUGUGUGAAGGUUCAUUUUUUAGUCCACUUUUGUUUGGCAAAUUUUUUGAUCCUUCUGAUGCAUUUCCACUAUGGGAAUUUGAUUCAGAUGUGUUAUUAUCCAAUGCAAAAAGUUCCAAUAAUAAUCAUUACAAAGUUGAUUGGAUUCAAACUGAGACAGAUUAUGUGUUGAAAACAGAAAUUCCAGGUGUUGGUAAAGGUAUCAUUUGUGUCUCCGUUGAGGAUGGAAAAGUUUUAGAGGUAAGUGGCCAAUUUAGGCUGAAAGUAGAGACGGGGACGAAGGACUGGAGAGUGGGGAACUGGUGGGAACACGGCUGUGUUCGGAGGAUCGAGCUGCCUGAAAAUGCAGACUGGAAGAAAACAGAGGCACUAAUGAGCAAUGGUGAUCACAAAUUCUUAGAAGUUAAAAUUCCAAAGAUACCACCAAAUAUUUGUGAUGUACCUUGAGGAAAUCAAUUAUAAAAGGGGCAAAUAAAGAUGUAUAAAAUGUAAUUUAUAUUUUUGAUGAAUGAUUAAUGUUAGGAGUAUUAAGAUAUGGAGAAAUAUAUAUGAUCAACAAAAGAAACUAAACAAUGAAAUAAUGAAAUGUAUCAAUUGGGAAGAUUAUAGGAACAUGCUUGACAUAUUAAUGUGCAGGAUUAAUUAGUCUUACUCAAAAUUUUUGCUCUCAA